CCACGGGCAUAAAUACGAAAACAAAUCGAAAACACACGCUCGAUUUCACAUCUACGGCCGAAGAUAACGGUCGGCCAAAUAACGUACAUCCUCGAUUUCUUAUCACCACCAACCUUUCCAAAGAUCGUCGGAUAUUAAACCACAGUCUACAGCGGUCGGCCAGAGUUGAUUCUGAGCUCGAGUCUUGCACUUCCCGGGAUUACCUCUUUGCGGUUCGACAAUAUUCCAGGGUAGUUUCCUUGGACCAGCGGUUGGAUAUUUGGCAGUAAAUCGAUUGAUUUGAAAAAAAAAUGCGAAAUCGUGUCUUCAUCGUUUCUUUGUGCUUUCUUCUUCUGCUGCCGGUCAACGAGAUAUCGGCGGGGAUCGAAAACGCGUUGGACGAAUCCACAGGGUAUGAAGGAUCGAUUUUUCAAGGAAACGACGAAAAUAGUGGACAAUCAUCGUCGAACGAAGCGUGGAAUAGUUUAUCAGAGGCAACGGGGCUGAACGAAGAUAGAAGCAGUCGUGACAAAGAUCCGAAUUCACAGGACGAUUCAGUUCGAGUUGGGUGCUCGGAUUACGUGUUGACGGGGGAAAGAUUGAGAGAGAUCAGAUCCGAGUUCAUGUACUGGUUCUUCGACAAGGGGGGUGACGAUGACGAGGGCGAUUAUCUGAAGGAAAUUCAAGCCUCGACACCUCAGACCAAUAAGAAUUUCAAUUUUCAACUGCCCUUUUUCGGAUUCAGAUUCAAUCAAACCAGAGUAUCGAUAAACGGUUACUUGGAGUUCACCGACCCCCCAGAACGUUACACGUACCCUCUCGUGUUCCCUGUCAAAUGUUGGCCGAAGGAGAAUGACCCCAGUUUCAUAGGGAUAUUUUUCAGCAAAUGUCGUAUAGGGGAAAUAUGGUCGACGGACAGAGAUCGGAGGAAGCCAGGUGUAUACUUUAGGAUCGAGCGAGAUUUGCGAACGAGGAAAGACCAACUCGGAGUGGAGAUGCGCGAGCGUCUCAAGUGGGACGUUCGGGAGGGUAUGAGCGGGGCGGAAGGUUUCGUGCCGAAACACGCGAUCACCGUCACGUGGAAGAACGUAUCGUUCACGGGUGGCAUCGACAAUUCCCUUUACACCACCAACACUUUCCAGAUGGUCCUAGCGACCGACGAGGCGAACACGUACGCGAUGUUCAAUUAUCCGCGCGUUGAGUGGACCAGCCACACGGAGGCAGGUGGCGACACUGUGCACGGCGAUGGCGGUAUUUCAGCAUUCGUUGGUUUCAACGCAGGAAACGGCACAGGAAGCUACGAGUACAAGCCUUUCUCUCAAACGCCGCACAUACGUGAUCUGACCAGAGCAGGAUGGGUAAACGGUUUUCCAGGACGACACAUGUUCAAGAUAGACGAGAAAAUAAUUGCUGCAACUUGCAGCUAAGACAUUCCAUGCCUGUAAAUAAUAAGUAAUAAUAAAAUUGUUUCUCUUUCUUUUGA